ACGUACAAGGGGGAGUAUGGACAAGGAGCGCGAGGGCGUGUUUGAGCUCCUUCCGUCGUCGUCUGACGGGGAGUCGUCUGGCGAUGACGUCUUCUAUGACGCCGUCGAGCUUCACGAAGACGAGGCGGACCAGGUGGAGGAUGCUGUGGUCGAUGGCGCCGAGGUCGAGAAUGCUGUGGUCGAUGGGGCCGAGGUCGAGGAUGCUGUGGUCGAUGGGGCUGAGGUCGAGGAUGCUGUGGUCGAUGGCGCUGAGGUCGAGGAUGCUGUGGUCGAUGCCGCCGAGGCGGCCGAGGCCGAGGAUGCUGUGGUCGAUGCCGCCGAGGCGGCCGAGGCCGAGGAUGCUUGUUGCGAUGCCGCUACGACCGAGUUGGAGGCCGAUGUCUCCGCGACGGAUGCUGAGGCUGAUGCCGCUACGGUGGGGACACUGGCCAGUGGCGCAGAUGCGGAGAACGCUGUGGCCGAUGGGGCUGAACCCACCGCUGCUGCACCUGCGUCUGGAUCCCCUACCACUCCUGCACCGCCUCCGUCCGGCCCAGAUCCGUUUGCUGACAACGAUGAUAGCGAUGCGGGAUCGAAUGCCGAGGUGGAGGAGGUUUGGACACCCGAGGCAGCGCGGAUGGCCGAGGAGCGUGCGCUGGCGCUAAAAGAAGAGGGCAACGAGCUGUUCCGCGCUGGCGCGCUCGACGACGCGGUUGAUCGGUACACCAAGGCGGUUGCGGCGGCGCCUCCGGGCUCGGCCGCGACUGCGGUGUACUUUUCCAACCGCGCAGCGUGCUACCUCUUGCAGGAGCGCCACGAGGAGGCCGUGGCUGACUGCAGCUCAGCACUCAAGAUCGAUCCCGAGUACGUCAAGGCAUACGUGCGGCGGGCCAAGUGCCGCGAGGCGCUCGACAGGCUGCGUGGAGCGCUCGACGACUGGACCGAGGUCGCCAAGCGGCAGCCCAAGAAUCCGACUGCGGUGGCCAAGCUCCGCAGUCUGCCGCCGCUUGUGGCCGAGCAGGAGGAGCGCCAGAAGGCCGAGGCGCUGGGCAAGCUCAAGGACCUGGGCAACACCAUCCUCGGCAAGUUUGGCAUGUCGCUUGACAACUUUCAGAUGGUGCAGGAUCCUGCGACGGGCGGCUACUCGAUCAACUUUAAGCAGUGAUGCGCGACGAACGACUAGUUGGUCCACGUCCCAAGGCGCGAGCCCAUGGUGAUGAGCGUCUCGACGCCGUUGCGCGAGUUGUAGAGCAGGUCGGCGUCAAAGGCAAUCGAGUUGGGCGGGAAGGUGAGGACGACGGUCGAGCCGCCAAACUGAAAGUAGGAAAAGUCCUCGCCCUUGGUCACCGUCGCGCCGGUGCCCUUGAGCAUGACGACCGAGCCGACGCAGGUGGCGCCAAUAGCCACAAAGCCGACCUUGCGGCCGGGGCGACCCGAGUCGAUGAUGGAGAUAGUGCGGGUGUUGUAGAUGGCGCCGUUGUUGGAGCGCAUGGCGUCGGCGCCGACGCUGUAAAUCGUCGACUUGAC